AUGGCCUCAUUUCAAUCCCUCCGAACCCAUUCGAGGUCCUCGCCACCGUUCCCCCCCGACCACUCCGCGGAAUCAGAGACACUGUAUGUCUUAGAUUCCUCCUUCAAUCCCCCCACCCGCGCCCACCUCCGCAUAGCCAGCACUGCCCUCCUGGAGAAUCCCAAGCCCCGUCCCCGCCUCCUACUCCUCCUCGCCACCCAAAAUGCAGACAAACCAUCCAAGCCCGCCUCAUUCGAGGACCGACUAGCCAUGAUGGACCUGUUCGCCCGAGAUCUCCGUGCCCGCCUUGCCGAAUCACCAGCCUUCGCCGCAUCCGGUCUUUCCCAUGCCAUUGAAAACCUGCCUUUAGUCGAUAUCGGCGUUACUAGGAAACCGUAUUUCGCUGAUAAGGCUGCGGCGAUCGAAGCUUCGGAUUCUUACCCUGUCGCAUUGGAGCAGGUCCAUCUGACAGGCUAUGAUACUCUGAUUCGUAUAUUCAAUCCCAAAUACUAUCCCCCAACACACACCCUGCAGCCUUUGGAGCCUUUCUUGUCAAAGCAUCGGCUGCGCGUGACUAUGCGACCAAGCGAUGAGUGGGGUGGAAAGGAAGAGCAGCUCGGAUGGCUGGAAGCACUAUCGAGAGGCGAUCGGGAUGCCGAGGGUGCACAGAGCGAGUGGGCAAAGCGUAUACAGUUAGUCGAGGGUCGAUCUCCCUCCGAUCCGCCUGUGAGCUCAACCCUGGCCCGUGAAGCCCUGCAGUCCGAUCUCGAGGAUCUGAAACGCCUGGUGCCGGACCAGGUUCGGCAAUUUGUUUUGUCGGAACAUCCGUAUGCUGGAAAAAGCAAAGCGUAG